GACGAACGCAUCCGCAGUAGCGUUCACGUCACGCGGGAAAUUCAGAUUCUGAACACAAGAGUCGGAGCGCGCGCGCCUUCAUCUGCAGCUCCGUGUGUGUUGCGUGUCUGCGUUUAUCCGUUAUUAUAAGGACUAAAGCAGACAUGAGCGAUCACAGCUGUUACUCUCCGAGCUUUAAGAAGCCGUGUGAUGUCCUUCGCAUGAGGAGGAAGCGGAGCGCGACGGUGAUCCGGGGCGCUGCGGCGGCGUUCUGCGGCUCAGAGGGAGCUGAAAUCCGGCCUUUCGCUCCUGGGCCGCGGCUCAACACUCACAGGCAAGCAGCCGGCGGAUUAAAGCGCAGAAACCCGUUCGCCAACAUCGAAAACACCUACAGCAGCCCGAAGAAGCGAAACUGCUCAGGAAACACAGCGGAGAGCAAACAGCUGUUCAGCGCUUUGUGUGAGGAGGAAAACCAGCGGAAUGCUAACAGUUUAGUGUCUCUGCGGGAAAACAGCCUCCAAACCGUUCGUACUAAGUCAGAGGAACUGGUUUGUCUUUCUGAAGAUCAGUCGUUAUUUGAUGACGAUGUAUUUGAGUCUGAAAAAGAGACUCUUGUCCUGAAGAGUCCCGGGGCUCCUGAUCUUUGCAGUGAAUCCCAUCCAGAAGUGUGUAGAGAAUAUCCAGCAGACUGGAGCCUGAAGACCCGAGUGCUCGUCACCUCUCCGCAGUCCUUCUCCUGGGCCGAGCAUCUAAAAGCUCAAGAGGAAGCACAGGGCCUGAGCUUACACUGCAGGGCAGAGUACACUCCUCUUCCACACAGUAUCCAGGACCCUCGCAGCUGUGCAGAGCUUCGCUGUGGUUUCCAGCAGUGUCUGCAGUACUGGCAGCAUCCUUCACUGCCGUGGCUCUCUCUGUUCCCCAGGAUCGGUGCCAAUCGUGGUUUUUCUGGCAAAAGUACACCAUGGGCACAAGAUACUGCCUUACAGCAGUGCAUGAUGAGUGAAUGGUCUGUGAGCUUGACGUCUUUGUACAGUCUCCUAAAGGCCAGACUCUGUCCAUACUUCUACCUUUGUUCCUACCAGUUCACUGUGCUGUUCAGAGCAGCAGGACUGAGUGGAGCGAAAGGCAUCACUGCACUGCUCUCCCCAACCACCAGGGGUCUGCGGGAAGCCAUGAAAGCUGAGGGGAUAGAGUUCUCACUCCCUCUACUGGAAGAGAGGAGGAAGAGCAAAGAGAGCGGCUCUGUGCUGACCGAAGGAGAUGAACACUGCAGCACCUUGACAUCCGAGUUUAGUGAUAAGGAAGAAGAGGAGGCGGAAGAGGAUGAUGAUGAUGAUGAAUGUUUCUCCUGGCUGAAAGAGAUGGGGGUACAAGACAAGAUCAAGAAGCCAGAUGCCAUCUCAAUCAAGCUGCGGAAAGAGCACAACGAGGUACGACUGGACCACAGGCCCGAGUCUGUAGUUCUGGUGGAGGGUUCAAACUCCUUCACCUUGAUCAAUUUCCUCAUCAACUGUAAGAGCCUGGUGGCUGCAGCCGGUCCUCAGGCAGGUUUACCCCCAACACUGCUGGCCCCAACAGCGUUCAGAGGAGCUACACUGCACACACUGAAGGCACGAAGUAUAAACGUGAAGACCCAAGUGAGGACGGGUUAUCAGGACGUGUGCAGUCUGGAGGUCACCGGUCCUGUAAUGCCCCAUGCACUACACACACUGACCCAGCUCCUGAGACCAGCCCAGAAAGGAGGCUUCUCCAUGGCACUGUACACACACGAGCCUAGCGCGGUUCUAAACGUCCCAGUCAGCAGGCCGUCUGAACCUGACCAACAGAGUAACGUGUUGGAGGAGUUGAGCCGCUGCGGUCUACAGAAGAACACGGUGCAACAGCUGAGCGAGCAGGCGACGCUGGGCAAGAGUGCACUCCGACACCUGGACCUGAGGGACUACUCAUACAGCUGGAGGUCCUGAAGCCUCUCUACAACCCAUGGACCUCCUCCAACUAUAGAAUGGGACGUCACAAUAAAUCAAACACUGCUUCUUAAUUCUGAAGGUUAACUGUUUAACUUGGUGUUUUUGUUCAUUUAGCUGUUAGUAUGUUUUUAACAUGUGACCCUGUUUAAAGGGGUUUCAUUUCACUACUCAUUUGCAAUUGAAGCUGUUCGACUCAUCAUUUUAACAUCAUGCACGUGAUUUAGGAAAGAAUUCGGACAAAAAUGUAGCUUUAUAUAAUGAAAAAUAUGGUGUGCAUUUAUUUUAAUCUUCUUGUGUAUUAAAUGAACUGUUUUUUAUUGUA